UUGCCCAAUUGCCGCCGUCCCGUGCGGGCAUCGACCGUUUCGCCACCGUGAAUAUACGGUCACCGUUGGCCAGCUUACAUGCCAGUCAGUGUUAUGAAACCGACGGUGAUCGUGAUAACGCGCAUCUGUACUUUCUAACGCAAUAAUAACAUUGGACUCUGUGAAACGCAAUAGUCCUCUGAAGAAAUCAAUCGACGGUUCUCCUGAAGAUUUAUCUCAGGUGUCGCCAAUCGUACUGACACAGACGGCCCGAACUAUUCCACACAGCUAUACUCGGACCCACCGAACAUCUGGAUUGGCCCGUCUUAAUUGGUUGCUGUUGACCUUCUGUCGAAUUUCCGUACGUAACCAUUACACAUUCUUAACAUAAUGUUAUGACUAUAUAGCACCUAGUUACGUACUCAAAGUAUAAUAAUAAUAUGACGUAACAAUGAAUGUAUCCGACAACUCCGACUGGAAAGAAAAAUACAAGGCGCUCGAAAAAGAAUACGAUGAUUUUCGGGAACAGUCGCAGUCGCUGGAGCGAGAAUUGGAAAUGGACGUUGAAUCACUCGAGAAAACUAACAAAGAGCUCAAAUCCAAAAACAAUCAACUACAAUUUGAUCUUGAUACUUUAAGGACCAAAAACCGUGAAGAACAACAAAACCUAAUGAAUCAAAUACAUAGUUUGCAAGAAGAGGCAAUUCAUUUUCAUGAAAGAGAAACCAACUAUGUCAAGUACAUAAGAGAAUUAGAACAAAAGACAGAAGAUCUAGAAAAAUUACAAAGAGAAACGUGUGCUUCUUUAGGUGAUUUUGAAGCUAAAAUGAAUGAUGCGAUAGAACGAAAUGCUCUACUCGAAGUAGAGCUUGACGAAAAGGAAUGCUUACAAGCGAUGGUGCAACGACUAAAGGAUGAAGUUAGUGAACUCAAACAAGAGAUACAAAGCAAAGAACGAAAACUUAACCCAGAUAUGAAUGAAUCCCAAGCGGCGGCUGCUGUAAGACGAUGUAGUAGUUUCCGAGCUGCAGUUGACAAUCGGUUAACAUCGUCAGCAGAAAACACGCCAAGAAGUCAUACCAAAAGUUUAAGCGGAACUGUUAUGUUCCAUUCCCCACCUGCGAAAUUAGCCCGAGUUGGCGAUAUUGUCGGAGAUCUGAUGAGAAAAGUACAUAUUCUUGAACUCAAAUUGGUGGAAGCCAAGCAACCAAAUAUAGUGAAAACACAAAAUUGUCCUUUCUAACAUAACGCUUCCUGGCCGAUCGCAAGGAGGUUGGCCACCUGUAGCUGAAUUGUGUAUAUAAAUACCAUUUAUUUUCCUCUUGAGAGUCCUAACGUCAUAGGUACUUGUAAUUGUUUUGGAAACAACGGAUACAAUUUAUUUUGUAUAACUCUUAUUUAAAUUAUCUCAAUUUCUUUAUAAUUUUAAAAUCAAUCGAGUCAAUGACAUGGUAUGUCACAAUGCUAUUUUUCACACCGCUAGAGCUUGUAAAAAAUUCUGUUAUGUUGAUGUGUUUUAAUUAUAAAUUAUUUAUAUACAUAUAUACACUUAAGUACAUAAUUACAAGGUCACUAAUGACAAAUCUAUUAAUAAUUUGUAUUUUUUAUGUUUGUUUUAUUUACUCAUAGUUAUUAUAAAAGAUUGGCCUUAAAAUAAAUAUUUUUUGACCCAU